GCUGCUGGAGCAGGAAGGAAAAGUAGAGCACGCGGGGAAGGGAGUCGCUUCUUCUUUAACCCGCCUGCGCCAGACCUCUACCUUCUUGAGGAUGCCCUUUUAGUCGCAGUUGCUAUGGAGAAGAUCAAGGAGCAGUUUUCCAGUCUCCAAAUAGCAAAACGGUGUGCACUGGCAGAAGACCCCACUUACCUGUUGGACUUGGAUAUUUCAAGGAGCGGAGGGAGCCAGCUGGUGGCCGUUUCGUGUUCCGAUAAAUCAAUCAGGGUUUACGACAGAGAGGCGCUCACUUUGCUGCGGGAAUAUAGCAGCCGCCCCGGUCUGCUCAGCGGCGUCCGAUUCGCACACACGUGUGAAAGUGUGUUGUUCUCCGCUUGCAGCGACGGAACAGUGAAAUCCUGGGAUACGCGCCUGGCGACUGCAGGGCCAGCGCAGUUGUUCCGUGGCUCCCUUUCAAAUGUCUUCAUUAGCUUUGACAUAAGCUGCAACGACCUCAUAGUCUGCGCUGGAACAGAGAAAGUGGGGGACGAUGUUUUCAUGGCCUUCUGGGACGCCCGGAGCGGCACAGGUAGUGUAGCUUCCAGCAAAGAGCCUCUGGGCUUCUACUCGGAGACCCACAACGAUGACAUCACCAAAAUUCGUUUUCACCCCAUCAAACAGAACCUGGUAGUUUCUGGGUCAACCGACGGGCUGGUGAACGUUUUUGACAUUAACAAGGACAGUGAAGAAGAUGCGCUGGUUGCUACCUGCAACUCUGACUCGUCGGUCAGUUCCGUUGGGUGGUCCGGUAAAGAUUACCGGCAGGUCUAUUGCACGACGCACAACGAAGGGUUUUGUCGAUGGGACCUUGCCCAGCUGGAGACUGAGGAGCCAGUCACAUUGCUGCAUGUUCCAGAUGCCCGAGAAGCGGGAAGUGGAGGUAGCACCAAGCUGGACUACUUAAUCGGUGGCUUGUACCAUGAAACGAUGGACAAGUUGGUUGUCGUUGGGGGAACGUCAACAGGAAGCAUCUGCCUCCUGGACUGUGGGGUUGGUGGCCUGAGUUCUGUAGGAGUCCUUCACGAGGGGCACUCUGCUCCCAUCCGCUCUUUCUGCUGGAACGGGGCAGAUGAUUCUUUGCUGACCGGAGGGGAGGAUGCGCAGUUGUUGCUAUGGAAACCUGGAGCUGUGGGGAAAGCCUUUGGAAAGAAGACUUCUAUGAAGACUGCUUCCUCCGUUCAUCAGCGGCUGAGAGUUCACCAGCACACUUUCAAGAGCAAGAAAAAACGGACAUCUUUGUAAAGAGGCGGCGGCGGCGAUGGGGAGUGAGGAGGCCCCUACCUGAAAGUGAUUCCAGAAGGGUACCUGCCUUAGCCCGUUUCAGGGGGGAAAUAAGUCCCGCAGCACCUUGAAGCCUUAAUUUAUUAUGGCAUAAUGUUUCAUGGACUAAGGUCUGCUUCAUCACGCACGGAAGCUUAUGCCAUAAUAAAUUAGUUGGUCUUUUGGGUGCUGCAGUUUCCACUCGUAGAGAGUUGACCUUUCGAAAAGCUGCAACACUUUUUUUGGGGGGGGGUGAGUUCCUUGCAGGUAUUUGAUGUGUGCAGCUCGACAGCCGUGACCUUGUUUACUCGGAAAAUAUCCUCUCUGUGUCCGUGGGGACCCCAACUUCCAGCAAAGUUGGCACGGGAUCGGUGCCUCGAUAUGAGAAGCCUGCCAAGCAAAUUAAAAGGCAUCAUUCUUUUGUCUGAGGCUGCUUAUGACAGGCUUGUUCAAACAUUGCUCUCUAGAUCCCAACAGCCCGAAUUAUAUUUUGCUAAAGAUGGAAUUUUCUUAAAACAAUGCCGGAAGUCACGGGGAGUGGAGGAAGAGGGAGAUAAGCCUACUAAAAGAGGCAUAAGGGACAAACUGAGAAUGGCAAGAUGAGAAAGUUCCCUUCUGCACCCCCUCAGUUCUGUGAAACUUGAUAUUUGUCACACAAGGCACACUGGACACACACAGCAUCUCUCUAAUUUUGGGCUGGGGCUGGGGACUAGCCUGUGACCUCCAAUCACCCCUGAGCAUUUGCUGCAGCUAAUGGAUGUUGUAGUUCUUGCCUGCUUCCGAUUUCAUCCAUUUCCUGCAGGUGGGAAGGGAACUAUUUGGAAAUACUACAAGCUGAAUACAUGGUUCCCAUGAUUUGGGGGCGCACACACCCAGUUCCUUAUUUGUUAUCAGAGGCCAUUGUGCAUUUAUAAGCAUUGUGCAAACGUAUGACUGUUAUGACUGGAGACAUUUAUUGUGGAUCUUGGAGGGGAGUCUUACCAGGCAUGGAAGUUUAUGAUUUUUGGUAGUGCAACCAUUAUUUUGAGGUCUUGGGGCAUAUUGGGUGAUGCCCAACUAAAUCUUACUGAAAAAUAGACCCAUUGAAAUUACUUAAGCCCGUUGAUUUUACUGGAUCUACUCUGAUCAUAGCUAAUUCGCUCAUUCCCUUUUUAGUUCCUCUUCUGAAUGAGUUGUUUUUCAAACUUUGGUCCGGAUGAGGAACCGAAAACUGGGAAUUGCUAACUAACUUUAGCACUGCGUAUCACAUCAAGACACAAGGUAGUUUGUUUCAAUCUCUGCAAACUAUCAGUUCCCUGAAAUCCAUGGAUAUAAAAAUAAAAGUCUGGAAUCUGAAGCUAUGGAUCUUCAAAAACUGAUUAUUAUUAGAGAAAAUGUUCUAGAAGAAUCAUAGAAUCAUAGAGUUGGAAGAGACCACAAGAGCCAUCCAGUCCAACCCCCUGCCAAGCAGGACACACCAUCAAAGCAUUCUUGACAUAUGGCCGUCAAGCCUCUGCUUAAAGAUCUUCAAAGAAGGAGACUCCACCACACUCCUUGGUAGCAAAUUCCACUGCCGAACAGCUCUUACUGUCAGGAAGUUCUUCCUAAUGUUUAGGUGGAAUCUUUCUUGAAAAAUAGACCCAUUGAAAUUACUUAUUUUGUAAAUGAUACAUGGAUUCAUGUGGCUGAUUUUGUAGGCACAUCGUUGCUUUGAAGUUGUGUACGAUACCCAGAUUUACUUAAUACGAUGAUCUGUCAAGGCUGGAAACAGGCACUGAUUGGUGGUCUCUCCCCCACCCCCACCCCCACCCCGAGAGCUGGCACCAGUUUGAAACCAGGACUGUGUCUUGUAUGUUUCUCCCCGUCACUUGGCAGUAAACAGGUGUUGCUGAUUUUUUAAAAUAUAGUUUCUUUUCUUUCUGGAUUGAUGCUGACAGUAAGAAUAACAGAUCAAGGCUAGGAAAUAAUAAAAAAAAUCCUUUUGUUUACUACUGUGUGUGUGGUUUCUGUAACCAACUCUCCAAUUUUUCCCGACUUGCCAAAGCUUAGUUUUCAAAAACGAAAGCAGUUUUGUGCAUUUUGUAUUCUAGGCAAUAUCCAUCACAGUCAAUCUGUUAGCAUAAACCUUCAGCUGUGCAAUUAGUCUUUCCUUCCCUCUUUUCUCCCCAUGCACCCACCCCAACAAAAUACUAAAAACACGAUACA